UAAAUACAGCCACACGCGGAAGCAUGUCUCGCAUCAUGUUUCUGACCGAGUUGUUUAGCUCGCGGACUACGUGUCCCCCCGAUAUCGGUUUCAGAAAUGGGAUUUACACGUUUGUUCAGCAUCUGGCCGUUGUAACGUGCGUUUUAAUGGACAGUUGUUUUUGUAGACAUGCAUUUAACCUUUCGUAGCCUCGGUCGCAGCAGAAUUGUAUCACGUGAACUGGCGUGGGGCUGAUAUUAGAAGAAAGGUUGCUUAGAACGAUGCUAACGACUUUAUUGGACUCGACCGCAAUGUUUACGUAAAUUAGCGCCUUAACUAAACAGCAGUGAUCUAUUCCGUGUAUCGCCCUACAUCCCAUAACGUCCUGAGACCUAAAACAACAUACAGGAUGCCUAAUACCAGCGCAAGGCCGAAGCAUGGCAGGAGGACACGGAGGCGACGCAGAGAGGACCCUGCUAGGAACGAGCUGGUCUCUAGUUCCCUAGAAAGUGCCCAGCAGUGCCUUUUCAACCAGGACUACGGAACCGCGUUUGUGCACUACCUGCUGGUCCUCAACCUUGCCCCUAUGUUUAAGGACAUUGCAAGGGAGUCCUUCAGGUUCACUCUUUUCAAAUGGACAGAAGAGCUGGACUCUCUGGGCCGCAUUCAAGACCUGUUUAACUGUUAUGAACAAGCACUGGAGCUGUUCCCCGCUGAUGAGGUCAUCCUUAACAGCAUGGGUGAACACUUGUUCAGAAUGGGCUUCAGAGACGAAGCCGCAGGUCAUUUCCAUAAAGCUUUGAAGCUGAGACCAGACUAUCCUGAAGCCAGGGAGAACUUCUACCGCGUGGCCAACUGGCUGGUGGAGCGCUGGCAUUUCUUAAUGCUCAACGACCACGGGAGGAACCGGAAGUACCAGCAAGCCAUCCAAAAGGCGGUUCAGAGCGGCUGCAACACUGUACUUGACAUCGGUACUGGCACUGGGAUCCUUGGUAUGUGUGCGAAGAAGGCCGGGGCUGCUGAUGUGUUCGCCUGUGAACUCUCCAAGACGAUGUACGAAUUGGCUUGUGAGGUGGUGAAGGCUAACGGAAUGGACAGUAGCAUCAAGAUCCUCCAUAUGAAGUCUCUGGAGAUGGAAGUGCCAAAAGACAUCCCACACAGAGUAUCCUUGGUGGUGACGGAGACGGUAGAUGCAGGGUUGUUUGGAGAGGGUAUCAUCGAGAGUGUGGUUCAUGCCUGGCACCACCUCCUGCUACCUCCACAGAGAGGCGAGAAUGAAUUCCAGGAUCAGUCUGCGACCGGCCGUGUCAUCCCCGCCGGAGCCACCGUGUUUGGCAUGGCUCUCGAGAGCAUCGAGAUCCGCAGGCAUCACAGGAUCUGUGUGUCGGAGGUGGGCAACCUGUCCAUAGCGGCAGCCGGGGAGCUCCGGAGCCCAGUGAGCUGCAGCCCGGAGCCGGAUGACUCCAUGGAGCCGUACACCACUGAGAGACUCAGCCGAGUGCCGGGCGGGUACAAAGCUCUCACCGAGCCAUUCACGGCCCUCGACAUAGAUUUCAACAACGUGCAGGAACUGGAGGGGCUGAGCUCCAGGGAGGUUCAGCAGAUCCGCCUGCCGGUCACUCGGGAGGGGGAGCUGGACGCUCUGGCUGUGUGGUUCCAGCUCCACCUGGAUGAGGAGAGCAGUCUGUCCACUGGACCGAAGGAGGACACCUGCUGGGAGCAGGCCAUCUACCCAGUCCACAGCACCGACGGGUUUGUCCUGAAACCUCAAGACGAGCUGAUUGUCGAAGUGUCCUGCAAAGAUGCCUUCCUGAGGCUCUGCAGCGUGGCGGUGCUGAGAGACGGCCGUGAAAUCCAUCUGGACAAGAGCCCCAAGGCGCAGGACUCUGGAACCCCCGUUUCAAAUCCCAACCCAGAGGCUGAGCUGUGCAGUGCGCUAGCGAGUCUUCAGACGGACCAGAUUCAAACUAAAGACUUCUGCAUGCUGGAAUGUUCCGAAAUGGCGCUCCUGAAUAAUCAGGAUUACCAUCAGAGCUUCAGCAGCGCGCUGGCCAAACUCAUCCACCGGCUGAGGGCCACAUGCCCAGACAAGGAGCGAUCGGGGGACUCCACGGACCUCAGUGACCUGCUCUAUGUCCUGGACGUGUCGGAGGGCUUCUCUCUGCUCUCCCUCAUGGCCGCCGGCCACGGCCACGUCAAAGCGUACAGCUCCGUGGAAAAGAAAAAGCAGCAGGAGGUCCUGAAGAGACUGGCUCGCUCCAACAGUGUCCCGGAAAAACAUCUGGAGUUCUGGCUCAACCACACGGAGGAUGAGCACGGGAUGCUGAAGAGGCCGUCCAGGGAGAAGCUGUGGAGCGCCAUCAUGCUGGACUGCGUCGAGACGUGCGGUCUCAUCAGACAGAAGUUGAUGGAGAAAGCUUCGCUGGCCAGGUGUUUGCUGGAGGACGGAGGAAGUAUUUUCCCAGUAAAGAUCGUGGUGCACGGUAUUCUGGUGGAGUCGGACACGUUGCUGCUGGAAAGUGCUGUCCAGGGUCAGGAGGCGACGCUCGGAUUCAACAUCGCUCCCUUCAUCAACCAGUUCACUGUUCCGGUCCAUGUGUUUUUGGACUUUUCCACACUGGAGUGCAAACGUCUCAGUGAGUUUGUGGAGCUCUUUGUUCUUGACCUCAUGGACUCCACCGCAAACUACACCGACCGAGAAGUAAAGGUCCAGGCUACAUCUGCAGGCCGAAUAACCGCGAUUCCCUUCUGGUACCACAUCUACCUGGACCAGGAGAUCAGCGUCAGCACCCUCAGCCAGAACUCUCACUGGAAGCAGGCGGCCGUGGUGCUGCAGCAGCCGGUGGAGGUCCGAGCCGGAGACUGGGUCCACCUCGCUGUGAAGCUUCACAAGAGCGCCAUGUCCAUCGCGGCCCACGUGGAGAGAACCCCCGGGCCGAUGGAGCAAUGAUCUGUUGAAAUGAGUUUGAUUUCUAUGUCUUUCAUGCCUCCAUCAUUUAGAGGGUACCGACACACGGGGACAUUUAUUGCUCUCUGCAUUCCUUUUCUGGUGCCAUCUAAAGAUCGACCUUCUCCAAGUGUUAUUUUUCAUAACUGUAUUACCGGUCUUCAAAGUUCAGUCUUCUGAUUUGAGAUUUAGUAGAAGCCUGCAUGAGCCACACCUUGGGAAGCCGAGUCCUCACAAUCAUAGAGAAUGUGACGAUGAAUCUUUAAUUCAUGUUUUAAUUUGUACAUUGUGCUAUAAGGUUAUAGGACAUUUAUACUCUGUACUUCGAAGUAUAAAUCAAAUAUUCCUAUGACUAAAGGCGUGGUUGUUCUGUCAUUUAAAAAAACAGUUGACAAUAAAUGACAUUUUCUUAAUGAAUGUAAGAUAAAAAUAAAUCAUAAUGUAGUUAAUCAGA